AUGGGGCCCUCAUUAGCGGGAGAUAUUAUACAAGUCGAUCGUUUUCUUUCUGCUGCUGCUGCUGCUGCUACUCUCCGUACUGGCAGCAGCAACCUCCCCUCCCCCCCGCAGCAGCAGCAGCAGCUGCUGCUGCAGCAGCAGCAGCAGCAGGAGCAGGAGCUGCUGCAGCAGCAGCAGCUGCAGCAGCAGCAGGAGUUGUUGCUGCAUCCAGAACAAGUAGAAGACCACAACCACCGCCACCCCCAGCAACAGCAACAGCAGCAGCAGCAGCAGCAGCAGCAGCAGCAACAGCAGCAGCAGCAGCAGCAGCAGCAGGAACUUGGUCGUGGUUUGUUUAGGGUGUUUAUUGGUGGUUCUCGUUUGCUGCUGGCAGACCUAAAAGCAGCAAACGGAAUCAUACAUAUAAUAGAUAAACCUCUCUAUCCUUCUGUCUUAGUAAAAAAUAAAUAA